AUGGAAGUGUCGUGUGCCCCCUGCCCUCCUGGACCCACUUCUCUCCCUUUGUCGUCGUCUGCCCCCGAUUCUGUCACCACCUGCGCCACCACUACCAUCACCACAACAACAGCUGCCGGCAAACAAAAAAACACAAACCUUACUGAGGUGUCACCAGACUCCGGCAAUGGAGAGGACCUGGAUGAGUUUGACCCUUUGAAGUCCCCUGUCAAGAUAUUGGCCACGGAGUGCGAGCCUGAGAUACAAGUGCUUGAAGCAGCCGUUAGUGGCCUUUGACAACAGGAGGAGAAUCACCUUCCACUUUGUGGCGGAGGAAACACGGGAAGCAAGGCAUCACCCUCCGCUGCUCACGAUGCAAGCGGACAAGGGCAAGCAGAAGAGAAACACUGUAAAA